AGAGAGAGAGAGAGAGAGAGAGAGGUGGCAGCAACAGCAGCAGCAGCAGCUUCCCUCCAACUCAACUAAUUUGCUCCAGCUUGAAUUCAGAGGUGUACUUUAAACUUAUGAAAACAUUUUCUAUCCACAGCUGCCUUCCAGCUCGGCAGAGCUCAUCUCACUACUUCAACUCAGCUGUCUCACCCCCCCACCCCCACCCCCACCUUGUUGCUGACUGCCGGCCUGAUUUGCCUUCCCGGCGGAACUUAACAGGAUCAGAAGAGGUUUGCUGAGUGUUUAUCGAGUGCUGGAGCGGUCAGAGUCGUCAUGGCCAUGUCCCAGGAGCGGAGUGCGUGUCUGGGGCUCUGGGUGCUCCUUUUGCUCGGCGCAGGCAUGGAGGAAGUUGUGGAGGGAUGUAGCUGCCUCCCAGCACACCCACAGCAGCUUUUCUGCAGCGCCGAGAUCGUGAUAAGAGCAAAGAUCUCUGGAGAGAAGAUUGUGUCGCCUAGCAACAGCUCUUCACCUUACAUGAAAAUGAUCCAAUACGAAAUAAAAAUGAUCAAGAUGUUCAAAGGGUUUGACAAGGCCAAGGACAUCCAGUACGUGUACACUCCAGUCUUCUCCUCACUGUGCGGCGUCAAGCUGGACUCCAACAAUAAAGCAGGCUAUCUGAUCUCAGGAAGUAUGUGGAGCGAUGGGAGAAUUUCCAUUGGCCAGUGUGACCUCGUAGAGUCCUGGGACAACUUGUCACUGUCACAGAAGAAGAAUCUCAACUACAGAUACCAGAUGGGCUGUGAAUGCAGAAUCAACACCUGUUACACAGUGCCGUGUGCAUCCACAGGAGAAAACGAGUGUUUGUGGACUGACUGGCUGUUGGACAACAGUCUAAAUGGGGAGCAGGCUCGGCAGUAUGCCUGCAUCCGCCGCUCUGACACUACCUGCAGCUGGUACCGGGGUGGACCUCCACCUGAGAAAGACUUCCUGGACAUGACUGACCCUUGACCUGUGACCCUGACAUUCAUUUUACUGCAUUUUACUCCCGCAAAUUCAAACAUUUCCUGCUUUUGCUUUUCAAUUUUCGGCGCGCAAAGUAGCAACAUAUUUUCAUUGAAGAAUUGGCUGAUUCUGACAUUUGACGGAGCUAAGCCCGACUUUAAGCUUCUGUUAGCAGAUUUCAGAUGUUUUCUACAGCACUGAUCAUUUUCAUAAAGUGCAAGGGGCUUUCAACAUUUCUCCAAGUCUUUUAUUCACUCUUGCACAGCCCUCUUCACUUUUCCAUGGAAUAAGAAUAGUUUUCUUGUAAAUGCAUACCCUUUGGCAAAUACUGAGGCUCAUCUUUGUUUAUGCAUACCUUACAGUAGGUUAUGUAGGAAUUUAGGUUAUGGAUUUACCAAAAGGGUUUUUAAUUAACUGUAAAACAACAGGAAGAAAACUGAAGAAAAAAAGCUGCCAACACUUCCACAAUAAAAUGUACUCUACAAUACUUUAACAUAAAACAUCUUCUGUGUGCUAAAUGUUUGCAGGUAGACAUUAGGACCGCCACCUUCCACCCAACACAUGCUUGUGUUGAAUUUUUACCUUUAUAUAUUAUUGAAUAACUGUCCCAUGCAAAUAAAAAUGCACUGUACAUAGCAAAAACAGAUAUUCCCCCAAUUAAUUGUAUUUUGACAAAAUCUGACAUAUUAAUUAUAUUUGACCAUACUUCUUGUACAUCUAAAUCAUCACAGUUUAUACACUCAGAAUGUAAAUACUGUACUUUAGUGAGAAUUAACAUUUUAAAGGCUAACCGGAUCUUGUUGUAUAGCGUAGAAUGUGUCACCCUGUGGUUCUGCGUGUUUAGUUUCCUCGGUUGAACUCUGUACUAUUUCCUGUGCCAAAAAUCUAAUCCAGCGCUUAAACAACAGCACUGCCACCUGUAGACGCCAAGCCACCUCUCCUUCGAGGAAAUGAUGUAACAGGACAAGGUUCAAUUCCCCUUUUUAUUUUUUAACUCUGUGAAAACAGGAAGUGGAAUCUCUUCAACUCUCAAUUCUCUCAAAAAAAAAGAAAGAAAGUAAAAACUUUGGCACAACACGUUAACCAACACAAAGAGAGAUAACUGAUGUUCAUGGAUGAGCUGUUAUUAGUGAUUUAAUUGUUGUUUUAUAGCCGUCAUUUAAUAUAAUGUUUGAACAUUAAUUAAAAGACACAAAUCUGAAUUGACCCCUGUCUUGUUACUGGAUUACUUCACUGAAGUCAUACAGAUUAUACUGCAUUAAUUAUCACUUAAACCAUUAUUUAAAGAUUAUAUCAGGAUGAUGUUCGACAAUAAGAUAAUACAAUUUAGCAGCACAGUGCAGUUAUUUGACAGGUUUGACUCAUGUUAAAUAUAUUAAUAAUUUAGACUUUCAUGACUGAUGUGAUAACAAUGCAUAACAACUGUGUGGCUUUAGUGAAGUUUUAUCAAACAAUUUCAUGUUUGUUUUAUACUGAAAGAAUUGUUUGGGUUUGUAUUUAUGUCUCUGUUUCUGUCUAAAUAGAGUUUUCUAUUUCCAUGUACCAAAAAAGAUUGUAUAUAAAAUGUCUCAAUGGAAAAGUGUGGCUCUUUGAUUCUUCUUUCUUUGAAAAUAAUACUCUUUGCUGUACAUUUAGUGAGAUCCCAGGGGUGACAGCAGCAUGGAAAAACAAUUGAAUGAGGAUUUUUUUGAGGGUUUCUGCUGCGACAGAAUAUUUCUAACAAGACAGAAAAGUAGGAGCACAUUUUUUUUUAAAUGAAAAGGACUCUGAUGUCUACAGAGAACAAUAUAUAUUUCUAAUACUUCAUAUUUGUAUUAAACAGUACCUUGAAAAUGAUCAAGUGAAUAUAGCAAAUAAGCGACAACAUUAUUAUUUUUGUAUUAUUUACAACUUUUUCACUAUUUUACACGUCUUAUUUUG